ACAACAUGGCGCACAUGGAUCGUAUUUAUUUUAUAUUUAUGGAUGCUGAUGGUGUUUAUCGUGUGGUAUGUGGUACGCAAACUUGCUGUGACAUGGAUUGCGUCAUCCUGACAUGAACAACAUGCAUAGUGCAUCAUUUGAACGCAAUCAGUACUGCGUAUCGAGUUGCGUGAUAAUUGCUGCAACACUGAGUUGAUACCAACUUGAAGAUGCUAGACACGGUUGAAAGUAUCUGCCUUAAAAAGGCACGAGAGGCCAUUUUAGAAGACUUGGAAGCCAAGUUUGUUAUUUCUGACCUCCAAGAAAGCAAGACGCUCACAAAGGAUGAUGCCGAGAGGAUAUUGAGUCAGAAAACGGAGCAAGGCCAGGCACGGCAGCUGUUGGAUAUACUGUACACAAAAGGCAAGAAAGGCUUUCUGACAUUCAUGGCAGCUCUCGAAAAAGAUGACAGAUAUCCAUGGAUAGCCAAAAAGUUGCGGGAAUUGGAGACGACAACCAAGGAAGAAUCGCUCUAUGUCUACAAGACACUUCACCGUGGUGGAGUGCCCAUUUCCAUCAAGCACUUUGUCCAUCGUGGGGGCCUUGAGUCAGAAAUCCGGGAAGCUCUGAAAGCUGUGUCCGAGACUCCGUACGACUGCUCUUGGGUUGCCCUGCAUGGAAUGACAGGGUGUGGAAAGUCCAUCAUGGCUGCCGAGGCUCUGCGUGACUAUUCCCUCCUGAAAGACUGUUUUCCUGACGGCGUGUUUUGGAAUCCCAUCGGGAACCUCCGCCACGAGAGCGACAUCCUCAUCAAGCUGAACGUGCAGUUGGAUCGUGUGGGUCUCAACAUGGCAGACAUACCAGAAGUUGCAAAGAACAGGCUGAGGGAGUGGUUUUCAGGGAAAAAGGCCGUUCUGAUUUUGGAUGACGUCUGGGAACGAAGUGUCCUCAGUGCGUUCGACGUGGGAUGCCCCAUGAUGGUGACGACGCGGAAGCUGUCUAUCAUCGACGAAGAUCGAGACAGCGUUAGGUUGAUAAAAGUUGAAGACUCAUUGACUCUCGAAGAGACAAAAUCUGUCUUUUCCAUGAUCAUGGGGAUACCUGUGGACGAACUGCCUGCACAAGUAGAGAACAUUCACGAGACUCACAAAGGCCUGCCCAUAUUGAUGGCCACCAUCGGCUCGGCAUUAAAGCGCCAUGCAAAGGAACCUGAAUCGUGGGUGUACUACAUCGAGAAGUCGAAACAGGGCAUUCGCAACAGAAAACGCAGGGCUUCCGGCAGUGACCUGUACGAGGUGCUUCAGCUCAUCUACGAGGACCUCGAGGACGACCUGAAAAAUGCGUUCAGGGACUUUGCUCUGUUCCUCGAGGAUGUUGAUAUUCCUAGUCAGGUGUUUGAAAUCCUGUGGGACACGGACAAAUUUGAAGUUGAAGAGACCCUCGAAAGAUUGAGGCAGAAGUCCUUGGUGCGGAUAGAAGAGGACCCUACUCGUCCGAACAGCGGCAUUUACGCUAUUCACGACAUCUACCACAAGUUUUUGCGAGAGUCUGUCUUCCGUGCCAAAGAAGAACUUUCUGCUAAGAGCGAGGAAUGUCUUGAAUCCCUCGAAGAUCUGCACAAGAGGUUUGUCGACAGGAUUCUGUCAUGGAGCAAGACUUCUGCUACACCUUUGGAUGCUUACGUAUACUACUACUUGGGCUAUCAUUUAGACCAGGCCAGUAUGGGAGACAAGCUUUGCGAGAUCUUCCUUGAUCUGCGCUUCAUGGAGAAAAAAAUUAGGUGCACAGGAACAAGCGACCUAAUAAGCGAUUAUCAACGCUACAAGCAUCACUUCCAGAAAUCUAAGCAGUGGGACGACGAACGCCUGGAUGCACUUCACUUUUUGCAACCGAAUGUCCACCUCCUAUCAGACUCAACAGCGGAUGUAGUUCAACUUGCUCUCUGCCAGCCACAAUCGUCAAGCAUCUACAGGAAGGCGUUUGAGGUAGCAAAAUCCAACAAAGAAAAGCCAUAUUAUGAGUGGAUAAAUAUGUCCAACACCUGGUCACUUGCAAAGCUUCGUAUCAGGCUGCAUGAUGGAGCUGUGUGGCAUGCUGAGUUCAGUCCUAAUGACACUGUUGUUGUGUCGGUGGGAGAAGACCGUGCCAUAAAGCUAUGGGACAGCCAUUCUGGUGUCCUCCUCAAUGCACUGCAUUCGCACUCAGAGCCCCUAAAAUGCUGCACAUUUAGUUCCGAUGGAAUGCUCCUGGCAUCCGCAUCAUGCGACAAGACCGUUCGACUGUGGUCCCUUGAUGAACGCAUCCACACCCCAACAAAAAUCAAUACACGUCCACGAUCUGCUAGUGUAAGUAGCCUGAGGAGGGACUCCUUGAGCUCAUUGUGUGGCUCAAUCGCUCACAGUGCAGCAGUCAGGUGCUGCUCUUUCUCACCCUGCAGCUCGAUUUUGGUGUCUGCUGAUGAUGAGGGAGAAGUCAAAAUUCACAGUGUAGGAGGAGGGCAUUUGGCAACAUUCGAAGCAGCAACGACGUUCCAAAAUGCUGCCGUCAUUAGCUGCUGCUUCACCAAAGACGGAAAAUAUCUCCUGCUCGCACGGUCUGACAACCGCAUUGCUGUGUACGAUGUUCGAGAACAACGAGAUGCACCAAUUCAAUUGCGCUGCACCUUAAACCAUGAUGACGAGGCACUCUGUGACAUCUGCACAUCACCACGUGACUCGAGGCAUGUGUUCAGUGCUGCAGGUUCAUACAUCUGGCGGUGGAACUUGGAGCGUACAGGAGAGCCUGCUUUGAGGUACAACGGGUUUCGUACCCAGUACAAUCUUUCCUGCUGCGCCGUUUCACCGGAUGGAGCUCUAAUUGCUGGUGGCACGACUCAGCAUUCCAUUUUGCUAUGGAAUGCACUCACUAGUGCUAUUGUGGGCAGCUUUAAAGGUGACACGUCCUUCAUCUGCUCGGUGCGUUUCUCGCACGAUGGCCUGUCCCUCGUGUCCUCAUCAUCAGAUGGCACAGUUGUACUUUGGGACGUCGCCAAUCAUCGUCAUUGCUCUAAAGUGGCACUCAUGCCCAUUUUGGACGUAGCUUUCGACAACAUCAACCCGGAACAGUCACCGCUUGUGGCAACAUUUGACAGCUUGGGUUACGCACAGGUAUGCUCGGGAUUACAAGGCACGACGACACAAAAGAAGCUUCUUGACGAGAAUGACGAAGUCACUUCGUGCUGCUUCUGUUAUGACAGGAAGUCUGUCGUCUUCGGAACCAAGGCUGGAUGCGUAAAGACAAUACCAUCCAGGGAGACAGCUGUUGAUACCAAGAUGACAUCAGUCAACGAAAUGGAGGGCUUGUGGUUCAGUUUAAGGCGCCUCAUAUGCAUGAGGUCAUGCAUGCACUCGGCAAGAGAAAGGAUCUGGGACACCGAAGCAGAAGAAUUGCUAGAGAUCGGACAGCAUCAGAAAGAAGUUACUCGCAUAGUGCGGGUAAAGGGAGCGUUGGCACUCUCUUGUUCUGCUGACGGCACUAUCAAGCUGUGGAUGCCUGCGGGAAGGUCUUGUACAUUUGAUGGACACACUGCUGGGGUUGUGACAUGUUGUGCCUUCGAUGAGUCACGGAAGCUACUCUCUUGUUCUGAAAACGGAGAGAUUUUUGUCUGGAACUUAAAGAAUCCCAAAGCUCCAUCACUGUCGAUUAGUGGCCAUGGAGGACACAGGGUAACAGCUUGCGAUGUCUCCAAGGACGGUCGGCUACUUUUGUCGGGCUCUACGGACAAGUCGAUCUGUAUAUGGGACGCAGACACUGGAAGCUUGGUGACUCGAACCUGUUUUACCGAAUGUGUUCGGUGUUGUCGAUUUGCUCCCACUCUAGAUAGCAUAAGAGUUGCCGUGGGGAUAGACUCUGGUGGUGUUUUUGUGUACAACCACAACAGCAGAGCUACGCAGAACUUUGGUCAUCACAGCUCGUGGGUCUGUGACGUGUUGUUCUCAGCAAAUGGUCAAGAGCUGGCAUCCGUGUCUGACACAAUUUGCUGGUGGUCAACAUGCACGGGCAACAAGUUGCAAACGUUUCAGCUCCGAGGAAAUGUCGCACGUACCCUGUUUGCUGUGGAUGACUUCUCGAUGUUUGUGACCGUCGAUGAUGCUGGCAUGCUUUACGUCUUACGGAGAGUGUGAUCUAUGGAGGAUAGAGAAAAGUAUACUGUGUGUGUGCUCAGUGCUCCUGUUCCUAUACAAAGUGCCUUUGUGGAGACAGUCUUGAACAUUUUUGUGCCAGUGCACUUUACAGUGUGUGCUUUUGAGACUUUUGUUGGUUUACAUAUAUUAGGGUUGCUAUUGUUAAAACCUUUGUUGUUGUUUUAAUUUAAGAUCGAAUGUGAUUUAUAAGGAGUGUUAUCUGAUGACGUACAUUUCACUGCCAUCAAGGAUGCCAGGGGAAAGUUGUGUUGUGCAAAGACAUGUUAUCAUUUGGAAAUCAGCGUGAUAUCAUAUUUUUUGUUGUGUGCAUGUCACCUUCUGGGAAGAUGUGCCAAAAUACUACUUAAGUGUCAAGUGCUGCAGCAACUCAGCAACUUUGCAGGUGCCAUUACAAUAAGGUGAAGCGCAGCAGAAAAGUACGCUCAUGAUAUAUGGAUAGGUACUUUGUGAAUGCUUAUGCAACCAUGUGCUGCACUGCUGUGCGACUCAUUCAAAUGUGGAGGCAACAAGUAGGGUUUGACAAAUUACUGCACAGGUGAAAUUUGAAUAUCUGUAGUUGAUGCUGAAGCCAGUCACUUGACUUAGUGAGAUAUCCACAGUUCAUCCUGUUCUCAUCCUUGUACUCAUCAUCUAUUGUACUUGAUAUUGUGUGCAUGAUGUGGUCAGCUAUGUUGACCUUUGUUGUGUUCUAGUGCUGCCCAUUUUCAUAAUUUCUAUGGCACAUCAACAAGGUUUGUGACCUACAGGGAUAUAGGUACAGGGUUGUAGUACUGGAAGUUGAAGUGUGAUCAUACACAGAAACUUUGGCAGAAUGUAUUGAUUAACAGUUCUUACACUUAUUUUUUUAGAAAAAAAAAAGGAAAAACGAGGAAAAUGUGUUUUAAAUUUUUAUUGUGAGGAAAAGCACAGGUGAGAAGGCCUCAUUGCCUGAAAACGACAGUUGCGUGCUGCCUGUAUUUACAUUUGACAUGUUUGUUUUGUACAAAUAAUCUGUCAUGUUGCAUGAUGGUGAUCUCGUUGGAAAGCACGAAAUUGUGUCUCUCAUUGCUCCAGGACUAACCAGCUCAAGACCAUUACAUCCAUUUUUUUUUUUUAAGAAACACUAAAUGCAGUCACAUCCAUUACUGCAUAACUUGCUCAAUAUUGACGCUAGCUCUGGAAAUUUAACCCCUUGCAAGAAGUGACUUGCCCACUGGUCUUGCAAACUACUGUCGAUCUCACAUUCAUGAUCUGCACAGUAGUACCCUCAUGUCUAUGCAAGUCUCAAAGUCUGACUGCCUUGCCACAUUACGAAGAAGUAUAGUCUAACUUUUUGAUGCUCAAUGCCUUUCGCUACAUUUUACAAGUUUCAACUGAUGUCAAAGCAUUUUUGCGUUGUUGCUGUGCUUGCUUUCUCGUUAUUGAGAUCAGUACUAUUGUCAUGGUCAACCAAAGAAUGGCAUUGUGGUACAUCUUCCAGCCGCAAUGGUUUCCUUCUGUCUUGUACCAGGAUUACCUUUUUGGGUCAAAACUGAUACUUCACUGUCAUUCCCUCCCAAAUCAAUUUAGGACCUAUUCGGGUUAAGCCUGACUUUUCCUAGAAUUCCCAUCACAUAUCAGGUAGCACGUGCACUAUUUACUAGUAAUUUAUACAAAUGUGCCAUGUACAGGGUGAAUUUAGCAAAGGUUACACAUGUUGAUCGAGUCGUAAAAAUAUAAGAUAAUGUCUCCGGCGCUUCAAA